UUGGUCUUUUUCUCUUUGCAAUUCAGCGAGGCCCGUCGCCCUGCAGUCCGGCAGCUCUCUGACAGGGUCUCUCCCCGCGGCUGUGGUGGCCCACGACGGCUCCGCCGGCCCCUGGCCUGGACCUUGCCCCCCGAGGACUCCAGCUUCAGUCCCGCAUCGCUCACCAAGGUCCUGCCUGGAGUGACCCAGCCCUGUGCAGAGACCUCGCGCUGCGGGGCUAUAGCGGAAACCCCAUUUGGGAGGAAACUCACCGGAAAACUCGCAACCUCUGGCCCACACCCAACUUCUGCCGCCCGCGGGCCGUGGGCUCAGUCCGCGCUUGCUUUCGCCCCCUCACAGCCCAAGAAGACCUUGUUUAAGAGAGAAUCUCCUCUCACCCUCCGCCCGUAUGGAGAGACCUCGAAGGAGACGCGAGGUGCGCCAGAGAGUGGAGUGAUUUUUCAAAAAUGUGCAGUGGUGUCGGGGCCCAAGGACUUGCAGACAGCGCAGGUGCGGCUGCUCGUGAACAACACGCGGGUGCCCGCUGCGGCCAACCUCUCCGACCUGCUGCUGCUGGACAACAUCACCGGGCUCAGCGUGCGGGGGUCGCCCGGAAAUGGGACCGCGGAGGGGCUGCAGGCGUUCAGCAGGCAGUUUCUGCAAGUGGGAGACGCCUUCUUGGUCAGCUACACGGCCUCGCUGGACGCCCGAGACCUCGGGGCUGGCACCGUCCUGACACUCCCAGCCCGGCUCUCCUUCCAGACGUCGCCCACGAACAGAACACAGCUGGAGGCCCACUUCACCCUCACAGUGGAAGAAAAGAUACAGGUGCUACCCAACCACGGCCUUCAUGCUGCAGGCUUCUUCUCAGCCUUUCUCAUCUCCCUGGCACUGACCUGCCUGGUACUGUUCUCCAUGCUUCGCUGCCAGUGCUGGACGGGGACCAUACUCAGCAGGCGCCAGGUUCAGCAUCAUGAGAACAAGCUGGAGCACUCCCAGUUUGCCUCAGCCGACGGUGUGAGUGAGGAUCUUGCCCUCAAUGACCAAAUGAUGGACAUUCUGUGUUCGGAGGACCCGGAGGGCAUGCUUCAGGCCUUGGAAGAGCUGGAGAUUGCAACCCUGAACCGGGCAGACUCGGACCUGGAGGCCUGUCGAACCCAGAUCAGCAAGGACAUCAUUGCCCUUCUCCUGAGAAACCUGACCAGCCGCGGCCAGCUGUCCCCCCAGGUGGAGAGGAGGAUGAGUGCUCUCUUCAAGAAGCAGCUUCUGUUGCUGGAGAGGGAAAUACAAGAGGAGUACGACCGGAAGAUGGUGGCCUUGACGGCCGAGUGUGACCUGGAGGCGAGGAAGAAGACGGAACACCAGCAGCGGAGGGAGAUGGCCGCAGCGGAGGAGGCAGAGGAGGUGCUGAAGCACGUCAGCGAGAGGUCGGCGGCCCAGUGCAGCAGCCUCCUGCGGACCCUGCACAGCCUGGAGCAGGAGCAGCUGGGUCGGUCGCUCACCCUGCAGCGGGAGGAGGACGUGGCCAAGGCCCGCAGGCAGCUGGCUGUGUUCCAGAGGACCGAGCUGCACAGUCUCUUUUUCACCCAGAUCAAAAGUGCUGCUUGCAAAGGAGAGCUGCAGCCAGAGGCCGUGAAAGCGCUGCUGCAAGAUUACGCCAAGAUACAGGAGGAUGUAGAGGAGUUAAUGGACUUUUUCCAGGCUAGUAAGAGAUACCACCUGAGUAAGAGGUUCGGCCACAGGGAGUACCUGGUCCAGAACUUGCAGUCUUCAGACACCCGGGUGCAAGGCCUUCUGAACGCCGCUGCCGCCCAGCUGAGCCUCCUCAUCCAGAAGCAUGAGAGAGCUGGCUACCUGGAUGAAGACCAGAUGGAAGUGCUCUUGGAGCGGGCGCAGACGGACGUCUUCGCGAUCAAACAGAAGCUGGACAAUGACUUAAAGCAGGAAAAGAGGAAGCUUUGCCAGAAGCUAAUAACCAAGAGACGGCGAGAGUUGCUGCAAAAGCACAAAGAGCAGCGGAAGGAGCAGCUGGCCCUGGGGGAAGCCUUCCGGGCCACCGAGGACGCGGGCCAGUACCUGGGUCAGUGGAGGGGGCUGCUGGCCGAGCACGGCGCCGCCCUGGAGGAGCUGCAGGAGCGCCUGGACCAGACCGCGCUGGACGAGCUCCGGGCGCUGACGCUGUCCCUGUCCGAGAAGGCCAGCGAGGAGGUGCGGCGCCUGCAGAACUCGGCGCUGACCCAGGAGCUGCUCAAGCGCAGCGUGCCCUGGCUCUUCCUGCAGCAGAUCCUGGAGGAGCACGGCAAGGAGAUGGCCGCCCGCGCCGAGCAGCUGGAGGCCGAGGAGAGGGACAGGGGCCAGGAGGGCGUCCGGGGCGUGCGGCAGAGGCUGAAGGAUGACGCGCUGGAGGCCUCCGUGGAGGAGCAGGCGGAGCUGAGGCACUGGGAGCGCUUGGUCUUUGCGAAGCUCUGCUCCUCGCCUCUCUCCCUGUCCGAGGAGGAGUCACUCAGGGCGCGGCAGGAGGUCCACGGCUGCUUCUCCCAGAUGGACAGGAGCUUGGCCCUCCCCAAAAUCCGGGCCCAGGUCUUGCUGCAGCAGUUUCUGGCAGCGUGGCGGGAGGCGGAGUGUCUGCAGCUGGACAAAGCCCUGGCGGCCCCGGAGCUGCAGCAUCCGCCCAAGGCCAGGAAGUCGCGCUCCAAGAGCAAAAGCAAGAUCGACCUUUUGAAGAAGAGCAUCGAGGAUAAGAUCCAGCUCUUUGAGGAGCAGGCCCCCGAAGACCUGGUGGAGAAGGUCCGGGGAGAGCUGCGGGGGGAGAGAGUGCAGCAGCUGGAGGCCCAGGAGGCCCGCUUCGUGGAGUCCCUGGUCUCGCUGCAGUUCCAGAAGGCGGCCAGGAUGACCAGGACCCUGCGGGCCUACACCGCCCUCCUGAGCACCCAGGACCUGCUGCUGGAGGAGCUGAGCGCAUCCGAGACGCUGACCCCGGCGGCUUGCGCCCAGAUCCUAGAGUCGCACAACCCGGAGCUCCAGGAGCUGGAGAGGAAGCUGGAGGACAAGCUGGCACACCAGGAGGCGGCCUGGCAGCAGCGGGUCCUGAGCAGCGGGCAGCAGUGGGCAGGCGAGGGGCCCUGCCUUCUCAACGAGCCCGACGCCGUGGAUUCGGAGAGGCAGGUCUCCGCCGUCCUGCAGCGGGCCCUGAGCCUGGGCCCGAAGUGCCUGAAGCAGCACCAGCAGGGCUGGGGAGAGGAGCAGCAGGGCGGCGCCGCGCUGGAGGACUUGCUGGAGAAGAUGGAGAACGACGCCUUCGUGACCCUGUACAGCCAGGAGCUGCGGCUGGCGUCCUACCUGUCCAGGCUGACCAUGGUGCCGGCAGCCACCCUGCGCCGGCUCCUCAGCGUGGCACUGCCCACGGCCUCUCAGCCUGAGCUGCUGGCCCUGCCGGACUCCAUCAGCCAGAAGCAUCCAGACCACAUGGCAGAGAGUGACCCCGGGGAGCAGGCUGACCUGGGCAGGAGCAGGAAGCACCAGGGCUGGUGGCGCGACUUGGAGAGCAAGCUUCGAGGAGACCUGAGAAGCAGAGGAGCAGAGAAGAUGCUGUGGGCUCGCCGGAGGAAGGAGAGCAUAUUGAAGAAGACAUGCCUGCCCCUCGGAGAGAGGGUGGCGCUCCCUGGAAAAGGCAGCUGGCCGCACCUGACCCUGGAGCCUGUCGGCAAACCGGCCCCCGUGCCCGUCGUAGGGGCGGAAGCCAUCGAUCUGCUACACACGGGCGAGAAGCUCUUCAUAUUCAGGACCCCAGCGGAGCCGGAGAUCUCGCUGCACCUUCCUCCCAGGAAGAAGAAGAAGAGCUUCCUGAACGCCAAGAAGGCCGAGUGGGCCCCGGCCGUGGACUAGCCCGAGGAGCCCCCGGGGCCUGCAGCGGGAGGAGUGACUUUCUCCUGCCCCCGUGUGUGCUGCGCGCGUGUGCUGUGGAGUGUGGUGUGUGCGUGUGGUGUAGUGUGCGUGUGGUGCGUAGUGUGUGUGCUGUGUGCUGUGUGUGGGGUGUAUGUGCUGUGUGUGUGCUGUGUGUGUGUGGUAUGUAUGUGGUGAUAAUUUGCAGAUAUAAUUUGCACCUGCAGAAGACCAACACCCCCAGAAAUGCCACCCCGACUUUCAAGAGCUCGGCUCUCUCUGGCCAUGUGGCUCCCGGUGGCUCGGCCUCUUCAGUGUCACAGGACGGAGGGACACCAGCGCCUCAGUCCUGCCUCCAGUCACCUGAGAAGACCCCGCAGCCCCCACCUGGACUGCGUUAGCAGCAACCUCUGUUCUCACAUUUUGUGUUUGUUCCAUGUUUUGUUUUUAUCAAGGGAGCGUUCAGAAAUAAACGCCUUGUGCCCGAGGCCCUUCUCAGCGGCUCGUUCCUGCUGUUUGCACCUGCCUGUCAUUCUUCAUGGUUUCUGCGUCUUGGGGCGACGUGGCAGGCUCAGCAGGAUUCGCCCUCUUGUUCCAGGCGCCAGAAAGUGCCGCCACUGGGGGGCACUGCCCGCAAG